UUCUCGCGCUUUUUCGGAGGCCGGGACGCCGGCCGGUAGCUGACUGGAGUGUGUUCGCGACCGAGCAACGGUUAUUGGAGGCGUAGAAACCUGCAGGUUGAGGCUGCGGGUCCUGUUGGCCGGAGGGCCCAGAAGGGGAAGGCAGAUAAACUCAAAAUGGAUGAAAGAUCUAAAUGUGAGACAAGAUUCCAUCAAAAUCCUAGAGAAGAACACAGGCAACACCCUUUUUGAACUCGGCCACAGUAACUUCUUGCAAGAUACAUCCACGAAGGCAAAAGAAACAAAAGCAAAAAUGAACUAUUGGGACUUCGUCAAGAUAAAAAUUUUUUUUUGUAAUUGGAGUUCAAUUUGCCAACAUAUAGCAUAACACCAGAGUGUUAAAUCAUAAUUUCGGUGAAUUACUAGGCUGGGAACUUGAUUUUUUGUUGAUACCAUAGGAGUUACAAAUUUCUUUCUUUGAAGGUUUUGUCAGCUUCAUUUGUAAAUUUGGAUUGCUAAAGAAAAGUUUCAGAUUUUGGUAUUGAAGAAAAUGAAGAGAAACCCAAGUGAAAGUUCAACUCGAAGUACAGCAGGCUGUUUGCCUGUACCAUUGUUCAAUCAGAAGAAGAGGAAUAGACAGCCAUUAACUUCCAAUCCACUUACAAAUGAUCCAAGUGUCAGUACUGCUUCCGACAGUUAUGAUUUCCCUCCUCUACCACCAGAUUGGGCCUGGGAAGCUGUGAAUCCAGAGUUGCCUCCUUUAAUGAAAACAAUGAACACAGGGGUAAUACCACAUUCAGUUUCUCAUCCUCUGAGAAGUCAAGAUUCUGUGUCUAAGUCUAUUCAAUCAAAUACUGAAAGAAGCAAAAGUCAUUGGAGCUUCAGAGAUGGCAACAAAAAGACCAGCUGGAAAACUUGGGAUAGAAAUGAUGUUAGGCCUCAGUGCGAAAGAACAAACUUGGUGGCAAAUGAUGGAAUAAAUUCUUGUCCAAGGAGUUGGGGAACUCAACAAGGGAAGCAGUUAAGAGUAUCAGAACCUCUUAACUCAUCUCACCAAAGAGAAACUGAAGUACUCAGACAAGCACAUUCCUCAAAAAUACCUGGCUCUACAAUGGGAGGUCUAGACAAAAACAGUGCAUUACAGGCAGUUAAGCCUAACUUUCAACAAAAUCAGUUUAAGAAGAAAAUGUUGGAUGAUAUUCCAGAAAAAAGCACUCUCCAGGGAAGCUCAUUAUACCAGUUAAAGCUUAAGGAAAAAGAUAAUUCUUUAAGAAUUAUAUCUGCAGUUAUUGAAAGCAUGAAGUACUGGCGUGAACAUGCACAGAAAACUGUACUUCUUUUUGAAAUAUUGGCUGUUCUCGAUUCAGCCGUUACACCUGGUCCAUAUUAUUCGAAGAAUUUCCUUAUGCGAGAUGGGAAAAAUACUCUGUCUUGUGUAUUUUAUGAAAUAGAUCGCGAACUUCCAAGACUGAUUAGAGGCCGAGUUCAUAGGUGUGUUGGAAACUAUGACCAGAAAAAGAAUAUUUUCAAAUGUGUUUCUGUCAGACCAGCGUCUGUUUCUGAACAAAAAUCUUUCCAAGCAUUUGUUAAAAUUGUGGAUGCUGAGAUGAAGUGCUAUAUAAUGAAUGAAAUUUAAAUAGUGAUGAAGGAAGUUUAAAUAGUAUAAUUUAAAGCAUUUUCCUCUUAUUGUUUAAAUGAUCAUCUCCAUGGUUGUAGCUACUGAGGUUUUUUGUAUUUCAUUUAUUGAAUUAAAAUAUUUCAAUCAUUUUAAA